GCUGCACAGAAACAUCUCAGCCAAACCGUCCAGGUCCGGUGGAGAUAAAGCGAUCAUGUCGAAGUCCAGCAGGGUUGUGUUGGUUCUGGGGGGAGCGGGGACGGUGGGCUCAGGGAUAGUGAAAGGCCUGCUGGAUAAAGGUUUUAAAGUUGCUGUGAUCUCCAGAGAUAGCGGCAGACUGGAGAAACUGCGGACCUCCGUCUCUCCCAACACCAAGGACAACCUCAUCACUGUGGUGGGAAAUGUUGGCUCAGAGGACAGUGCUGAACAGGCAAAGGAGGCCCUGUUGAAGCAGGUGGGGAAGGUGACCGAUAUUAUUUCUUCCCUGGGCUUCAGCUGGUGGCAGGGCGGUCCCCCACAUACCCAGUCCCUAAAAGACCUGCACUGGGUAAUGGAGACGUUACUGUUCAGCACAUUUGUCUCCUGGAAGGCUUUCUUCCCCCUGGUGAGGGACAACUCGGACUCCAGCUACACCUUCAUCACGGGAGGAGCUGGAGAGAAGCUGCUGAUGCCAGGGACUGGCUUCCUGACGGUGGGGGCUGCCAGCGCUCUAGCUUUCUGCCAGGUGCUGAGAGAGGAAUACCCCGAGGUGUCCUGUAAAUUCAACCAGGUGAAAAUCAACACAGGUGUAGGGACUCCGGAGCGCAUGGCCCCCGGCUACCUGAACCACCUGGACCUGGGCGAGGUGAUUGCAGCCCUGGUUGAAAGAAGAAGCCCCUCCCACGCUGUGUUCACCAUCAGCAGCCCUGCAGACUUAAAAACUGUUCUUCUGGAGGGGAACCCUUAGAAGACCCCCUUCCUUCAGAACACGAUCUGCAGCUGCUUCCGGGUUCUUGUUGCUUCUCUUUGCUUGUUUCAUUGGUUCUGUAACGUCCAAAAUGGCAUAUUUUUGCAUGUGUUGUUUUAUCUGUAAAAUAUGCAAACACUCCUAAAUGUUCUUGCACCAUGAAGAUCCCUUUUAGCACCUUGGCAGAAACAUCUUGGAUUUGAGCAGAUUUCCUCAGGAUCCAGUGGUGAAAUAUUGAAGAACUGUACCACAUCAAAUGUUUCACCCCCUACAUGAGCAGAGAUUACGGACUUAGAGCAUUAAAGACCCAGUUAAACUCCAAACUUUUAAACUGUGGGUUUGCUCUGCGGUCAAAAUUAUACAUAAAGCCUCUGUUUCUACUUUGCUUUUUGAAAAAAUCAAACAUUUACGAAUAUGUUUCAUAAAACCCUGUACGUAUGAAAAUAUCCCAUUUCCUGAGUUAAUUUUUUUAAAUCCGACACGUUUUCUCAUGAUAUUGAUCCGUUUGUCUUUUGCUAGAUGAUUCUGGGUCUCAUCCUCUAGCAGCCACUGACUUUAUUUUACUUAAGUAUACUAUAACCUAGCUGGACACCUGCAGGAUAGAUGAAUAAAUAAAUAUAUUUAAUUAAUGGCUUAUUCUGAGUGACUAUCUAAUAAGGCUGGAGAACCAAUCCACUGUAGAGGUUUUACACUCUCAGCCAACGGCCCCAAACCUAAGGGACAUUUUGGUUUUAUUUCAGGAGGAAUAAUAUUUUUCCAUGUUUAGUCUGUUUUCAUCAGUUUAAAUGUGAGUCCAACUCUCAGUUUCUACAAUGAUAAUUUGCUUCUUCUAAGCAGGAAAGAUGUAUUAGAUCCUAGCAGUUAGUUCUCUAUGAACUCUGGAUUAUUAUGAAUCACCCAGAAUAUCUAGAUCCGAGUUGAACUCUCCUGUUUAAUUAUACCUUCAUAAUGUGUCUAAACCAGAAGGCAUCUGAGGUCUUCCUCCCUAAGCUGCUGAAAAUGUCCUUACCAUCCUGUGAUCCGUUUUAGUUAUUAAUCUGCUCAUCCAACAGAGCAAGAAUUUCCCCAUAGCUGCUAAAUAUGGUUUAACGUUUAUUAAACCAGAUAUUGAGGCAUUUUAAUAUAACAGAUGAGAUGUUCUUUUUGUUCUUCAGUCAUGUUUAGAAGUUUACUCAGUUAAUACAUCAGUUUGAUCUAUAAAUCCAAUAGUCCUGGGAUCACAUAGGUCCAAAUGAAGGAACCUGAUCGAGUUCUGUUCUAGUCCAGUACAAGUCCAAUAAAGCUGUGCAGUUAUUGACUGUAGUUGUUUUAAAUGUGACAUCAGAAUUGGACCUUUGGUUUCAGAAAUAGAAAUCCAGCUUUAUUCUCUAAGAUAGUGACUAUUAAUCUUUAUCCUUUAGUUUUCAGUUUCUUCUGCAGCAUCAUAAAGUUGAUUUCUCUUACCUGAUUGCAUCUAUUGUAAUAAAGAAUCGUUAUCUUCCAAGUUUUUUUUUUGAUCAUUUAUGCUCCUGUUAAUUUUUUUUUUUUUU